UUCUGUCUCGUUGUAAAUAGAAAAAAUGGCGUCCACACCACAUGGUAGGGGGAUGAGAGAGAAAGCCAUAAUUGUUACACCUCCAUAGUUGUGGGACUCUCUAGCAACCUAUGUAGCCUGUUUUCCCAUAGGGGAGCACUUUCCCAUUCUGCCACCUACCUCCCAUAUUUAACCCCCCCUCUCCUCCCUCCAUCAUGUUGGAGCACCGCCUCUAAUGGACGACGGCCACCCUUCCACCACCACCUCCUCCUCCGCCUUCGAGUGGGAGAAUCUCGCCUUCUGCACCUCCACCAAGCCCCUCCACUUCUCCAUGUCCCUCCCCCACCUCUACCACUGCCACGUCCCUGAUCAGGACGUGACAGCAGGCCAGAUGCCCGACCCUGCGGCCGUCGGCCUCUGUCUCAGCGCGUUCCCCUCCCCCUUGCCGCCCGCGGCCCCUCCCACAAAGCGGUCGCGGGCGUCCUACCACAAUAUGCAGAACCCCUGCUGUCAGGUCGAGGGCUGCGCCCUCGACCUGAAGCUGGCCAAGGACUACCACCGCCGCCACAGGAUCUGCGAGACGCACUCCAAGAGCCCGAAGGUCGUCGUCGCCGGCAUGGAGCGCCGCUUCUGCCAGCAAUGCAGCAGGUUCCAUGACCUGUCGGAGUUCGACGAUAAGAAGAGGAGCUGCAGGCGGCGCUUGUCCGACCACAAUGCCAGACGGCGCAGGGUGCAGCCUGAGUCCGUCCAGCUCAGUGCCUCGUCAGGAGUUGUCUCUCCUGCACUGUACACCGACCACAGACAGGAGACUGUUCUAUUGAACGGACUUCCCGUCUGUCUGUCAAACUCGUCGUGGGAAAACCCCCCACGACAAUUGGAUCCGGAGAGGCUUUCCGUCAUCCACCACCACUCCACUCCUCGGAUUCUUGAUCAAUGUUUGCAUAACAACUCGUCGAUGGCUCCGGACCUGAUGAGUGCUCACUCUCUUCUGUCAUCCAAUUCAUGGAGCUUGAACGAAGGCGAAUCGCCGGUGGACGUGCAACAAUUGACCCUGUUCCAGACCAACGAGGAGGUCGGGCUCGAUCAGGGCUUGGCUGCCUGGCUCUUGCAUAUGCACAACGGUGGCUCAUCACAUCAGCAAGAACAUCAUCACCUCUUCAAACCACCUUACCCUUCUGACCAAAGUCUCCAACAGCAUGGUGAAGAGGCGUAUCCCCUUCCAUACCAAUAGUCUCCGACAUUCGCUCCACACUGUCAUUAGCAGAGCUUAAAGUAGUUGGCCAAUUUUCAGAUAGCCGGGUUCAUCAAUGUUACCAUCAAAAGCAUCUACGGCUUGGCGGAGGGCGUCGAGGUUGCCAGACUCGGCAGUUGAAGCGAGGGGACGAAGGUGAAUAGGUGUAUCGGAAUGAUCGAUGUCAUCGGCGUAGUCGACGCCUUCUUCCUUGAAGAGAGCGGCGGCGCCUUCGUCGUCAUCACAUCGUCCAUCAGCCACCGCCAUCUUUGGAAUGAUCCCUCUGCAACAACACUACAAUUUUCAACCUUUUUGAUCAAUCUAGUUCAGAAAACAAAGAUUGGAUGUGUUAAAUUAUCUACCACAUCGACUUGGUGAAGAUCCCUUCUAAUCUAUAUAAGUCGACUUGGUGAAGAUCCCUUCUAAUCUAUAUAAGU